GUGGUCAGUUCGGAGCAAAUAGCUCAACCAAUAACACAGAUACAGGAUUACUUCUACAGAAGAUCAGGAAAAGACAAGGUUCACCAAGAUGAUUACGUUAAUUUUAGGGUUCACCUUACUUGGGUUAGGUUCAGCUCAACAAGGUCAGCAGUUCCCAGCUGGGCAACAAUUUCAACCAGGUCAACAGUUACGACCUGGACAACAAUUUCAACCAGGGCAGCAAUUUCAGCCAGGACAAGUUCAACCAGGGCAACAAUUUCAGCCCGGGCAAGUUCAACCAGGGCAACAAUUUCAGCCCGGACAAGCUCAACCAGGGCAACAAUUUCAGCCGGGGCAAGCUCAACAAGGGCAACAAUUUCAGCCCGGGCAAGUUCAACCUGGGCAACAAUUUCAGCCGGGACAAGCUCAACCGGGGCAACAAUUUCAACCAGGACAAGUUCAACCAGGAACACAGACUCAAUCCGGUCAACAGCCGGGACAGGCUCAACCUGGUCAACAAGUGCCGGGACAGGCUCAGCCUGGUCAACAGGUGCCGGGACAGGCUCAGCCUGGUCAACAAUUCCAGCCAGGGCAAAUUCAACCCGGUCAAACAACAGAUCCAAACGGUCAACCAGCCACAAGUUCUGGUAAUGGUGUCCCUCAACCAGGACAGUGUAUACAACAAGUACAGCAGAUUAGCGUGAACUGCUUUAUGAAACAGGGAAUCCAGAUACAGCUCGCCGACGCCAUCAUCACCAAUGGAACGAUGGUCCAGUUGCCCCCGAAUGCCAACUUAGGAGAACUUCGGAACGCUCUUUGCGCGGUUAGAACCGAUCUUAUACAGUGUAUCAUUCCGCCGACCUUGACCAUGAGGGACAAAGGAGCGUGUGUCGACAAAAGAGAGUUCAACUUCGCGGAAGGACAAAUAGUGAACCGUAUCAACGCACUACAGUCUGUUUGUGGAGCAGGUAAUCUGUCGCCAGCAAGCGAAUGUAUCAAAACCCUAAAACCAGACAUGCAGGAUUGUCACAACAAAGUCGGUUUUGAGAAAACAAUGUUUGUCAGCAACUCCUCUGCAGUUAAAGGAGCGCUGAUUGGACGAGACAAACCAUCUGCCGUGAAAUUCUGCGCGUCCCGCCUUGAGCUGUACGAGUGUAUGAGGGGUGUAAUUGACGCAUGCCCGGGGGCUCGGGAGUACAUGUUACUGACCGGCUACGACCACGACUCAAUGGAGAAGAGCAUCGAGGUCCUGUGCCAAGAUAUUGAUGUUUACGUGAACGGGCUAUCCUGCUUCCAAGAACCCCCGCCGUCCGUCAUUGGCUGUUUCGAUAGUAUGAUGUCCAAGAUGAUCGAGCUAACAGCCCAGGAGAUUGAAAAUGCUGUCGACAAAGACAAAUAUUUCAAAGAAUACUGCAAAGUACGAGUAGAACAUCUUCAGUGUGACAUGAAGGGAUGGAAGGACAAAUGCCCAGCCGAUAGCGUCGGACUCAAGAACGAACAUGAAUGUACAUUACUUCCAGCUCGUUGUCAAAAGGACGCUUCACUCAACCAACAGCUAGGAAGCGUAUGUAAGACCUCGAACUUUGAGCGAAAGUUACGUCAAUUGCAAGCCGGCCAAGGAGAAAACUCAGCUGGAACCGUUUACAGUUCAUUUGUUGGAACAGCCAUAGGUUUAUUCUUCGCAGUUAUUCUUAGUGCUUUAUAACAUGAAAUCAUGAUUUUUUUUGUAAAUGUUUAAGCUUUAUAAUAGAAAUAUAUGUUAGUAAUUUGUUUGUAUAUAAAUGUAGAAAAUCAACACAGUACUGGAUUAUGUAUAAAUUAAGUUGUCCUCUAUAAGAACGUGGUACAUAGUGUAAUACAAAACAAAUACAAAGUUUACUUACGCUAUGGUAUGUUAAACUUUGAUUGUUAGUUGUCUAGUCCCUUAGAUAUCGUUAUAAAGAAUUACAUACACGACAUCUAUCUGUGUGUGUAGGCCGUUGUACCGAUGAGAUGUAGAUACCGUGUAUUGUGUAUCGUUUAGUUACUUUUUUUUAAUCAUACUUCGAUAUUUACAUUAAAAGCGUCAUUGAUGUACAUUUGACGUAAUUGGACCACUAGAUAUAUUUCCGGCAACGAUUUAUUUUUAUUUUGAUGUCUUUUAUGAGACAUGGAAAAGUACUGAAGCACUAUUUCUAAAUGUCAAAGUUUUACUUUAUACAAAAAUAAUGUAUAUAAACAUGUCACGGCGUUAGCUAUUUCUAGUUUUAUAGAAUCAAUGUUCAAUUGUAUUACGUUGUGUUUCAUUUAUGUAAGUUGUAUAUUGAUCAUUCAUUGUAUUUGUACUUCAGAAAUGACAAAUAAAAACA